UGUUUGUUGUUUCCUGGCGGCGGAUAAUGGAAGAUGAAUGAAGCGCUUAGCUUGCUUUUGGCUCCGAAGUUGCAUAUUAAGUAGUAGCAGUAGUAGUAAUAUGAUGGAGUAAGAGAUCAAAAUACAGAUAUCUUUGGAGCUGCGUAGAUGGUCCAAUUACUGCACUUAAACUUAGCUGAAAAGCGAAUCGAUCCAGGGUAUAUCGCUAAUAACAAACGGUAGCAUGAACGGGACGGAGUCGCUUGAUGUGGAUGCAAAGAUCAGAUUCUCAGGCUAAGGGAAGUGUGCUACCAUGAAUCCGAGCCUUAAGCACCCCAUGAUGCCCAGCUGCAACAGCAUCACUGAGCUGCUGAAUGCCCUGUGUGACUGCAGUCUGACUGGGGUGUCGUGGAAGCGGAGAGCACUGGGAGGAGUUUCAAGAGAAAGUUUCCACAGGGCUCUCAAGAAACGUGCCUAUGGUGCCCUCCUAUCUAAGCUGUUUCAAGAUGGCACAAAAGGAUCUACCCCACGACCGAGCGUCACAGCUAAUACACCACCCAGAAACAAAGUCCUGAUGAUAUGUUUUGACUUGCGGGUGGCUGGCUGUCGAGAGGAAGCAGAAAGGCUGGAAGAGCAGCUUGGGAAGCUGCCAGAGGGAGCAUCCUGCGGUCUGAAGGAAGUAGACGCAAUCCUUGAGCUUCUUGUGAACCUAGCUGGAUCGGCACCCCCUCCCGCUACAUCAUUCAGCAGGGACUAUAUGAGACGAGAGAGGCCUGUACUGCGGAGGCCUCAACCCUGGAGCUACCAAAGUGAAGAUUUGCAGAGGCUGGAGGCCCGGGCAUGGGGUCUAGUGUGUGGGGAGGAAUGGGGGACUUUGGAGGGUCUGUAUGGAACUCAGAGGUUGAUGGAUGCUCCACCGGGUACAGGGCUGCUAGCUUUGAGAACAAAACUAGAAGCAGAAGAAAGAUUUGAAAAAGAGACCAGACUGACACUUUUUGGAGCACUGCAGCACACUCGCACCUCAGACAUGGACAUAAGACUAGAUCUACCUCCAGUCCCCAGUAAUAUUGAUGUUACAGGGCUGGCAAUUCGAGUACCCCCUUGUUUAGAUCAGUGUGAAGAUGAGGGCUUUCAGUCAGCCUCCAACCUGACCCCAGACUCUCAGUCAGAGCCCAGCCCCGUUCCAGACAUUGAUAUCUGGGAGGCUCUCCACACAUUUGAGCCUGGAAGACGCCGCUGCUGGGAGUCUGUUGGCUGCCCACCAGGAAAAAGGGAGUCUUUCUAUCUAACAGAGGGAGGCAGGGAGGCCUUUGAUCAGCUCUAUCGGCUUUGGGAGGGCGAAAUGAGGGUGGUGAGCACGAGCACACCCUCUCCUGUCCUCCCCUUACCCCUGGACUCUCAGACGCAGCUGGUAUCUGAUCUCCUUAAUGUCCUGAUUGGAGUGGCUUCUACUACUUUCCCUCUCAACCAGAGUGUUCAGUUUGACGUCAGGCCUGGUGUGUGUGUGUCAGGAGCCUCUCCAGAGAGUGUGUCUCGUCUCUUGGGGGAAUUGGCCCAGUACGGCACCUAUUAUUUGAGGCUCAGCCGCUUUUCUCUGCAGAGUGCUGACAAGAAGGGCUUAGUCUUCCAGGCUUUUACUGGUGGCUUGAGGAAGUAUCUGCAUUAUUACCGGGCUUGUGUCCUCAGCACGCCACCCACUCUCAGCCUGUUGACAAUUGGCUUCCUCUUCCGCAAAGUGGGCCGCCAACUCAGAUACCUGUCAGAACUGUGCUGUGUAGAUGGGCCUUUGGGUGCAGGCCAGGCCACCUUCCCCGUGGGUGUUAAACUGCUGUCCUACCUGUACAAUGAAGCGCAGAAUAACUGCAGCAAUGAGAACUACCCCGUUCUCCUUUCGUUGCUGAAGAGCAGCUGUGAACCUUACACACGGUUUGUGUCUGACUGGGUGUACAGUGGCGUGUUUCGUGAUGUUUAUGGAGAAUUCAUGAUCCAGGUCAAUGAGGAAUACCUUGGCUACAGAGACAAACACUUCUGGGUCCAAGGCUACACUCUGAUCUCAAAGGAUGUGGAGGAUUGUGUGCCAGUCUUCUUGAGACACAUUGCCAAUGAUGUGUAUGUCUGUGGAAAGACUAUCAACCUCCUCAAAAUCUGCUGCCCACAGCACUACAUUUGCUGGUCGGAGCUGCCAGUACCCCGCAUUGCUGUCACCUUCUCUCUCCAGGAGGUGGAGGAGAUUGAGAGAGGCUGUGCAGUAUAUCGUGGACGCAUGGAGAGAAUUGCAAAGCACAGUGCUAUCAGCAGGGAGGAGCAGGCCCUGAGAGCAGAGCAGGCACGCCAGGAGCUGAUCAAUCAGGUCAGAGAGUCAGCAGCCAAAACCCUGGAGAGCAUCCGCGGGCGCCAGGUGUCACAACGUCUGGCUGAGGAGGCCAAGAAGAGGGAGCGUUUUGAGGAACUGAAACAGCACCUGGAGCAGGAGCAAGAGUGGAGAAAUGCAGCCAAGAAGAAGCAGGAGGAGGAUGACUUCAGCUUUGCCAGAGAGCUGAGGGACAGAGAAAAGAGACUUCAAGCUUUGGAGGAGCAGCUGGAGCAGAGAGCUAGGAAGGAACUGAUUGCUCAGUACAGCCAUCUAUCAGAGGAAGCAGCUCGCAGAGAGAGACGGGCCAUGUGGAGAGUGCAGCGAAUGAGACUCGACGAAGCUCGUGCUCAGUUUUUCAGGGACGACAGGCAGAAAACUCAGGCCAUACUGGAAAAAUAUCCCUUAGGUCAGGAGAGACCUCCCAUGGAAGUAAUUUCGCCUGUUCCCUCAGCACAGCAGAUUGCUCCACAGCAAACACUGGAAUUUCCCACCCAGGAGCUGUCAGAGCAGCAGACAAAAAAACCUCAAGAAUCUGAAGCUGUAUCACCACCGCACGAUCUGUCUUUGCCAAGGCCUGCGCCAGUUACAGCAGACCCUGCCCUCAUCUCUGAGGAAAUCGACAUCACUGACUUUCUUCCCAAGUCACCAAAGUCUGACAAUCAGCAGGUAGAUAUGGCCCUACAGGAGAUUGGCUCUGACCUACCCAAAGCCUGUCCUACAGCUCUACUAGUAGACUAUGACUUUAGUGCCCCCUUUAGUCCACUUGAAGGUAUCACUGGCCAAGCCUUAGUCCAGCCCAGGCCCCGCUGGGGACCUGUAGUCCUGCCUGACAUGAUCCAAAACCACCCCUCUCACACCCCCUCUGAAGAGAAAACACCUCAAGUCCAGGAAACAAUAACAAAAGCCAGCCCGUCUGCCAAAGCAUCUCAGUCCAGCUUUCCUUUAGGCCAGCACACCCCAGAGGAGUCUGAAAAUAGCAGUGUUUACCGGCAACACUCGCAAUCUGCAGCACAGCAGGUGGACAGCGGCGGCUCAGCACCAGACAUCGAGCACAAGGAAAUUGCACCUGUACAACAGCAGGAUGCGGAAAGUAAAGUAGAAGACAUAAGUAAAUCAAAAGAUGACGUGGUUGACCAGGUUCUUUCCACUACUGCAGUGCAAGGUGACCAAGAUGGCCACAGAGUCUUGACAAGUCUUUCUGAUGGCGGUGGGGUGGCGCCACAGGAAACAGACAGCUCAGACACACACGAUAAACAUUGUGAAAAUAUUUCUUUGCCAGACUUUCACAGGCCUGUCUCCGGUGCCCAUCCAGAUGUCGGUGCCCAAACUUCACCCAGCAUCCAAGGACAUUCCUCUGAUGCUCACAUAAAGAUCGGACAGUAUUUAUCAGAGGUAACUGCUGCACCUCCCUCCCAGAACACCCAAGGUCAUGCCUCGGAGUCACACAUCAAGAUUGGAGAAUAUGUUUCGGAAGUCAGUGCUCCUUUACCUUCCCCCAGUGUCCAUGGUCACGCUUCUAAUGCUCACAUCAAAGUUGGGGAAAAUGUUUCAGAGUUUGUCACUCCUCUUCCUACUCCAAAUAUCCAUGGCCACGUCUCAGACGCCCACAUUAAAAUUGGGGAAAUCGUUUCAGAUAUAGUUGCUCCUCUACCUCUGCCCAAUGUUCAUGGGCACAGUUCAGAUGCUCAUAUUAAAGUUGGGGAAAAUGUUUCAGAGAUUGUUGUCCAACUUCAUGCUCCCAGCAUCCACGGUCAUUCCUCUGACGCAAAUAUUAAAGUUGGUGAGUUUGUGUCCAACAUUCCUGACGCGAGACCUCGCUGGAGUAAGCAUGGGCACGCCUCAGACAGCACCCUUCAGCCAGGUUGUUUAGUAUCUGGAGCAGAACCAGCUUUGUCUCCUUUGCCUGGAAGCUCUUACGGACACUCAUCAGACUCAACAUUAGGCGUUGGGUGUGUGGUUUCAGGAAAUGAGCCCAAGCGCUCUCCUCUGCCUGGCAGUGCCCAUGGUCAUUCUUCAGACUCAAGUUUAGGUGUUGGAUGUGUUGUUUCUCAAAACGAACCCCUUCCAUCACCGCUGCCAGGCAGCAACUAUGGACACUCGUCUGAUUCGACACUGGGGGUCGGCUGUGUGGUUUUGGGGACGGAGCCGCAACCUUCUAAACUGCCUGGCAGCACUUACGGCCACUCGUCAGAUUCUUCACUUGGUGUUGGAUGCAUGGUGAAGGACAGAGAAAGUCGAACAAAGGGCAAUGAAAACAAAGGUUCUAUGUCAGGAAGCCCCAGUGAGCAGCUGGUUGAGGGCAUGGGGUCCUGGACAGCCUGCUUAGGGCUGUCCCCUGGAGAAAAGUCUGAGCAGGAAUACCUCUUGGCUUUGGCUGUGCAGUACCAGGUGGAACACUAUGAGGACUGCUACAGCCUAAUGGCUUCGUCCCCUACGUGUCAGCUGCUAAAGCAGGUAACUCGGGGCCCCUGGGGCCUUCCUGUGGACCCCACACUCCACAGAGCCACAGACACCACAGCUGUCCAACUCAGCGAGAUGGUUUCCCUGCCAGUCCUGAUAAAACACUCUGUCACCGCGCCGCUCAUCACACAUGUAUCUUUAGUGAACAAGGCAGUGGUGGACUACUUUUUUGUGGAGUUGGGGGUGGAGAGACACUUUGAGGCACUGCGCCACUUUCUGCUGAUGGAGGACGGCGAAUUUGCGCAGUCCCUGAGCGAUCUGCUCUUUGAAAAGCUGGGCAGUGGCCAGACACCGGGCGAGCUCCUAACCCCCCUAGUCCUAAAUUCCAUACUCAGCAAGGCGCUGCAGUAUAGCUUACACGGGGACACGCCUUUAGCUGGAAACUUCACCUUCGCACUUCGCUUUCUCCCUGAGACCUUCCACCCACACGCCCCGGACUCUCUUAACUGCUUGGAGCUGCGCUACAAGGUCGACUGGCCGUUGAACAUCAUCAUCACAGACAGCUGCAUGAACAAGUACAACCGCCUGUUUUCGUUCCUGCUGCAGCUCAAACACAUGGUGUGGAGCCUCCGCGAUGUCUGGUUUCACCUCAAGAGAACAGCGCUGGUGAAAGGUGCAGGUCGCUCGGUGCAGUUCCGUCAGCUGCAGUUGUACAGACACGAGAUGCAGCAUUUUGUCAAGGUGAUUCAGGGGUACAUCGCUAAUCAGAUCCUGCAAGUGUCCUGGAGUGAGUUCACAGCCAAACUGGCCACAGCCAGCGACCUGGAUGCCAUCCACCGCACACAUGCAGACUACCUCAACAGAGCCAUCUUUAGGGGUUUGCUGACAGAGAAAGCGGCUCCGGUCAUGAACAUCAUCCACAGCAUCUUCAGCCUGAUCCUCAAGUUUCGGGCCCAGCUAAUUGCACAGCCCUGGGACAACCACCAGGGGGAGGCAGUGCACCCGAGCUUCAUUGCCAUGCAGCAGUCAUACAACACCUUCAAGUAUUACUCUCACUUCCUUUUCAAAGUGGUGACCAAGCUUGUGAACAGAGGCUAUCAGCCUCAUUUAGAGGAUUUCCUGCUUCGCAUCAACUUCAACAACUACUACAAAGACUCAUGAUCUGUGUCCGAACUGCAAGUUAUCAGCUAAGUGUCAUAUUAUAGUGUACGCUGAAUGUAUUUGUUUUAAGGGAAUCCCUUCUUUUGAAAGGUGGUCUUCAUUUAUCUGUAAUAGAUCUUUCUCACCUUCAUUUCAUGGCCAAAAUAUCUUUAAAUGCUGCCUGCACUAAAUGUUAGGACAUGGCUGACACUGAAACCAGUUUAGGUGUUCAUCCUGCAUCAAUGUGCAGGAUUUAAUGUGUGCUUGAGUGUGUAAUUGAACCCAGAUUCUGUACAAAUCUAUUUGCUGACUGUGUGUGUGUGUGUGUGUGUGACUGAGAUGACACUAUUGUGAUACAUCACUUGGUGAGGUGUGCAAAGGUCCAUGUAUAUUUUUUAGAAAAUAUAAGUGUCAGUUAAGUGUGUGUAUAUACAACAGCAAAAGCUUUUCUAAAUAAAAUCUAUUCUCUGG